AAGGUCUGUGUACACUCUACCUUCUACAGAUUCUACUUGAGAAAAUUCACUGAAAAUAUGAUGUUGGAUACAGAUGAAACCUACCUUGCCCAAUUUACAAGGAGAUGACACUUCAUCAAACAUUAAUAGCCCUUUUACCAUAGGAUUAAAAGACGGAGGUUGUCCUACUGGAACAGUUCCUAUCAGAAGAAUUACUAAAGACGAUCUAAUACGACAAAGAUUCUUAUCACAAAUUAGAGGCGCGGAUGAAUCCCCUUAUGGUGAUGUGAGCUUGCUGAAUUUCUACAACUUCUUUUCGAAUUUCAUAAUUCAAAUUCUUUUAUCAUAUUUUUCUUCAGGAUAUGGAGUUCAGUGUUUUUGAUGGAACCAACUCAAGUAUACCUUUUAAAGGAGGACGCAAGUAUGCAACAGUGCAAAUACCAUACAACUCAACAAACAAAAUAACAGGAGCUGGGGCAAUUAUUAGCUUACAUAAUCCUCAAAAUCUUAGUGGACAUCAAUUUAGUGCUGGUCGUAUUAAGGUUCAAAUUGGAAUCGAAAGUAUACAAGUCGGUUGGAUAGUGAAUCCACAUGUCUAUGGAGACACUCAUACGCGAUUAUACAUAUAUUUAAAGACAGAAAAAUUAGCAUGUUUUAAUACACGAUGUCCUGGAUUUAUUCAUAUAAAUACUGCAAUACCUUUAGAUGGAGAUCUUCCUGCCUCUACUUAUGGUGGACCUAUUUAUGAUGUACCAAUGUACAUUGCUCGUGAUAUGUCAAAUGGAAAUUGGUGGUUUAAAUUUGGAACAAACUAUACAUCAGUUGGAUUUUGGCCAUCAAAGAUAUUUACAAAGUUAAAUGAAUUUGCAACAAGUGUAGAAUAUGGAGGAAUCGUAUAUAGUCCACCAGGUGUACCAGAACCUUCUAUGGGCGGUGGCUAUUUUCCAGUUGGAGAUUUGAACAAAGAUGGAUAUUGUAAGAAUAGUACCUAUUUAACAGAUAAAAAUGAAACUAAAAAAUCUUUAGAUGAUAUUGAAGUGAAAUUAUAUGCAAAUAGUCCAAAUUUGUAUAGAGUUGCUGAUUUUCCAAACUCUGGGGUUGAAUCUGGUAAUUUAGUCCUAUAUGGAGGACCAGGUGAACAUAUGUAUAAGAAACAUAGAGAUAUUUGAUAUAUAG